AUUGGGCGAACAGAGAAGAUCCAGAACUGCCUUAAUCCCAGGUUUUCCAAGAGGCUCGUACUGGACUAUUACUUUGAGAUGGUGCAGAAACUCAGGUUUGAAGUGUACGACAUCGACAGUGAAAACUGUAGUCUGGCAGAGGCGGACUUCCUGGGGCUGAUGGAGUGCACCCUUGGACAGAUUGUGUCCUCGAGUAAACUAACGAAGCCGCUAGUUUUGAAAGAUAAGACACCUGCAGGAAAAGCAACAAUCACUAUUUGUGCAGAGGAGCAGACRGACAACAGGGUGGUGGCGUUUGAGUGUUCGGCCAGAAAACUGGACAAAAAGGAUUUCUUUGGCAAGUCKGACCCUUUCCUGGAAAUCUACAAGCAGCUAGAAACAGGAUGGCAGCUGGCUCACAGGACAGAGGUGGUGAAAAACAACCUAAACCCAGUAUGGAAACCAUUCAGAAUUCCAAUCCAGACACUCUGUGCAGGUGACGUGGAAAAACCUAUAAAGAUAGACUGUUAUGACUACAACAACAGCGGCUCUCAUGACUUCAUUGGAUCCUUUCAGACCACACUCAGCCAAAUGCAGCAGGCAUCACAGUCAUAUGCGGCUGAGUUUGAAUGCAUCAAUAGCAAGAAGAAGGAGAAGAAGAAAGGAUACAAAAAUUCUGGCAUUAUCAUCAUAAAACAGUGCAAGGUAGUGAAGGAGUACACUUUCCUGGAUUACAUAAUGGGUGGCUGUCAGAUCAACUUUACUAUUGCUAUAGAUUUUACAGGCUCCAAUGGGAACCCCACGUCACCCAUGUCCCUCCACUACAUCAACCCUCAAGGCUAUAACGAGUAUCUGGCAGCCAUCUGGGCAGUUGGUAACGUAAUCCAGGACUAUGACAGUGACAAGAUGUUCCCUGCCUUUGGUUUCGGUGCUCAGAUCCCUCCGACGUGGCAGGUCAGCCACGAGUUUCCCAUCAACUUUAACCCGUCUAACCCAUUUUGUCAAGGUAUAGAAGGUGUGGCCUUUGCCUACCAGCAGUGUCUACCUCAGGUGAAGCUUUACGGCCCCACUAACUUUUCCCCAAUCAUCAACCAUGUGGCCCAUUUUGGCAGACAGGCCAUGCAGCAGCAGACUGCCUCUCAAUACUUUGUCCUGCUGAUCAUCACGGACGGAGUGAUCACGGACAUGGAUCAGACGCGCGACGCCAUUGUUAAAGCCUCUCGGCUGCCCAUGUCUAUCAUCAUCGUUGGGGUGGGAGGAGCAGACUUCAGCGCCAUGGAGUUCCUGGAUGGAGACGACGGGAUCCUGCGCUCAGCUACAGGCGAGGCCGCCAUGAGGGACAUCGUCCAGUUUGUGCCGUUCAGGCAGUUUCAAAACUGUCCUCAGGAAGCACUCGCUCAGUGUGUCUUAGCGGAAGUCCCUGGUCAGGUGACCGGUUUCUUCAACACAAUGAAUCUGAAGCCGCCUCACGGCAACAGUCCUGCCUCUGAGCUGCAACCAUCAGUGCCCYCGAGCGAUGUUUUCUGAGAAACCACCUUCCUCUGCCAAACCCACGUUGACCCCUGAAACUGUGUGUAAGCUGUUCCAGGCUUUUUAAUGAAACCUAAUGGUUGUGUUGGCAUGUGACAUUCAGCAUGUUCAAAUUUGUAAAUUUUAUACAGCCUUUUCACUUUUAAGAAGUUCAGUUUGAAUAAAAAAACACAACAUUUCCUUACAAGUUCUUAACACAAUAUCUAUGAUUUGCUUUGGUCAAAACAAGAUAACAGUUAACAAUACCAGUACUUUCUGUUUUGCUUUUAUUUUCACCUCUGUGUACUCAACAAACCUGAGAGCUCAUACUAGCACACUACGAAACACUGAAAUACUUGAAUGUUAGUUUCAGAAUAUUCUGAAAAUCUCAAACACCGUUUGGUCGUCACAAAUAAGUGUUUUAAAUGAUUCRUUUAGGUUCAAACUCCUCACAAGUCAUUAAGUAGUUCCAGGUUAGUACUCCUCCAUCUCUUACAAAAAGCUGACUUUGUAAACCUGUGCUUCAACUUUUCAAUUAGUAGUCAGAUAACCUUGUCAGGAUAUAAAACAUAACACAGAAAUAAAGUGCUGGUAGGGCUCUGUUAGGGUGUUGUUUUUGUUAUGCUAAAGAUGAUUUAAUAGCAGCACAGCAAUAAAACCUAAUGGAAAACUAUUGUUGAUAUGAAACAAUAAAAACAGACUCCCCUCAGUAAAAUCAAAAUUACUUGAAGGUCAAAUUGAGCAGCAUAAAGAAGAUAUUUUCAAAUCGUGAGGGGGUGUAAAAGAAGUGGCAGUUUUAUUAUUGUUAUUGCUCCAUUUUGGUCUCUUAACUUUUCAUUUAAUAUAGUUUCUUGAUGGAAGUGUUAACACAACACAGGCAGGAGGACAAUUAUUCUUACUGCACGAUGGAAGCUGUGGUGACACAAGACACAUUUUCUAUGUGCAGGCUCACAUUUGUUUAGCCAAGACUUCUACACAAAUCCAUGUAAAAGAGGACAAAAGAGAUGGGAACAAUCAUAACGACUGACUGUUUUAGAGCAGCUCACUUGUACAUUCUUCUUCCUUCCUUCUCUCUGAGGGUCAGAAAGAUUUGUGUUCACCUGAUCCACCAUGGUUUCUAUGUUACUCCACUUUGACUGUCUGCCUUCUCUGUCCAAAAAAUGAAAACGACUGUGCUCAAAAGACUGUUCCUUAUCCUCAAUAUGCAAAUGGACUGCAGAGCUUUUCUUUACUCAAAGGUCUGAACACGCCUCGCUGCAGGCACUCAUCUUCUGCUUUUGUAAAUAUAAAAAAGUGCAUUUGCCUUCAUUGGAUAUUGCUAGUCACCCAAUAAGUAUCAAAUUAUUAUUAGAGAACUAAAACAUAAAAAAGAUCAUUGUAGUCACACUUAACCCACUAAACUUUCAAUUUCAGAAGUAGAUUUAGUGUUGCUUUUUUUAAAAUAUUGAUCAAAAUUCUUGUUUUUUGCACAUAUUAUAUGUUGGCAAAAUAAGACUUGCUGUGAAUAGCUUGAGAAUUCACAACAUUUAUUCUCAAUAUUUGUACAGGAAUAGUUAAGUUAUUUAGCCUACUCAAAUCCAACAGGCUUUUUUGCCCUGACAGACAACAUUGUUUUAAGUUUGUCAUCAUAGACACACACUCCAGAACAACAGUACACGGUAAAACAUUAGAAAAACGUUUACCAUUUUCUAAGCUAAUUUUUCAUUUUCUUGACUGACGUGUCAGUUUAAGAGAUUGGAUUUUUUGGGGGCCUUUUUAGCAAACAAGCUUGAUUUGUUUUAGUUUUUUUUUUUUAAAGMGCUGAGGCAGCUAAUCGCAUCACAGGACAAAUAUGUUGAUGAAGUACCUGGUGUGCUUUAAGUGAUGUCAUUUGUGAUCUUUGUUAUAUUUUGUCUCAUGUCCCCAUGUCACUUAAAUCUCUCUAUUUUGUCUUUACCAUUGCAUGGUACCUUAGAAAAUGUAAAAUUGUUUCAGUUUAAAUUACAGAGCGUUAACAAAAGCUUUUCUUACUUACCUAAUGUUUACAGAAUACUUCGAAGCACAGGUGACUGGUUAUAAUUAUUUGUACUAACGAAGUCUGAUGUCUAACUCACCAAGAAAGAUUUUGUGUGCUAAACUGUUUUUUUAAACUAUAAAAAUAGAAAACAUUCACUUUGUCUUAAAUACCUAUCAUAAUCCUGAAAGAUACAUAUUUUUACUUAAAGGUUCAUAAAUUUAUUAUUGAGUUAAUAUGUUGUUUACACUUAAAGCUAUAUGUAUGCAAUUUUGCCAUGUAUAUUGUUUUAACUGUGCAAAAAAAUUCAUAAUCUGAAGUUUGAACCAAUUUUUUUAAAAAUGUAAAAUUAUCCUAGUAGGUGUCUCUGCA